GCAAGCGUGUGUAGGGGAAGGGGAGGAGUAGGAGGAGAUGGAGGAAGUAAACCCUGCGGCGAAAGAGACAGGAGAGGGAGGGGUGGUGAUGAGUGGAACAUCCGCGGGCCAUGAGAGUAUAGUCAGUGUUUCUCAAGAGGGGGAGGUAGGAGGAGAAAAAUCACCGGUCGCGAUAGGGUCAUCCGAUGGGACAACAGAGGGUACGACGGCGGGGAAGAUGGGACCAUCUGAUGACAUGGGCGGGAAGCACGCCCCCGCCUUGGUAGAGAUAUCUCCGUCCCAGCCUCGUGCUGAAGAUCUUGUAUCGAUGGCAAUCGGGACGGAACAGGAAGAUGGUGGGGAUCGCGAUGAUCCGCAAGCUACACCUUCAUCUCCUCCUGCUGCGGGGAUUGGCUCUUCUUCUUCUGCCGCCUCCAAGGAGCUGAGGGAGGCCGACGGCGCAAAAGAUCUUGCUAAGGCCUCUUCGAUGCUACCGCCAUCGUCGCCAUCCGACGGCGCAAAAGAUCUAGCUAAGACGGGGGCCAAAGGUCGGGAUACGAGUGCGCAGAGAUCGAAUCUGACGGCGAACGAAAAUGAGCGGUCUGGGGGAUCUGACAUGGGAGAGAGAACUGACUCCCAGGAAAUGGUGGCUGGAGAAGCGAGUGGUGCUGAUGCCGAUGCAGCGGCAACAGCAGUUGCAGCAGGAGGAGGGGGAGAAACAGACGAGGGAGGAAAAGAUAGAGAGAGGGAGCCAAAGGACGAGGGUUCGAUAGCCCCGAAGGAAGGGACGGAUACUGGAAGCGCUGCUCGCGUCUCGGCAAUGGACAAGGAGGGGCGUUCGAAGCCAUCGGAUGAUGACUCAGAUCAGAAAGGAGGGGUGGAUGUGGUAGCUAGCGGUGUCAUAGAUCCCAUCGUUAACAUCCAGCCGUCGAGGAGCACAUUACCAUUUCCGGAAAAGGUGAAAUGCCUGAUUAAACUUUUUCCUGAGGGAAGGAUAAUAGAGAUCCCGAUGGACGGCGAGCAGACGGUGUACGAACUCAAAGCGAGGAUUAGCAAGGCUGUUGAUCACCCCACGUUUGGCUUGAUCGUCCGCAUGGAAGAGGGAGAGAGUGCCGAGCCACUUGAAGAGCGGGAAAGGGUAGGUGAGAUUGUUGUUCGCCAGAGUGGAAGAGAGGCGUUUGCCGCGACAGUGGAUGACAGUGGGAGCGCUACGACAGGACCGAGAGAAGGGAUGAUGGAGGCGGUGGAUCACGAAGAUAGCCGUGGCGGCGGAGUGGUGAUCGCAGGAGCUCGAUUCGUCGUGAUACUCACUAACGAUGUCGAUAGGUCGAAGGUGGCAGGCACAUUGCCAAAAGUGGUUCUGCCGGAGACCAUCGUCGUGGAGGUUAAGGAUGCGACAGGCAAUCCAUGGAAGACAGUAACAGUCCAUAUUCAGCCGUUCAAGGACAGCAAGAUUUGGUGUGGAGUAUCAUCACGCUUAUUCUCAGACCGAGCGGAAAAAUCGGCGCACAGAGAGAGAUUACUCACGGGACACGCAGACUUAUCAGAUGAAGAUGAGGCGAUUGCAGACAGUCCGGGAGUCUUGUACACAGAUGGACCGUCCAGAUCUGCUGUUGAAUUGGACUAAUGAUCGAAUCAAGUACUCGGGUCCAUAUGAAGAGGCAUGGCACUGGGAGAUGCGUAGAAUACAAGCCGUUAUC